AUGAAUAAGCGAAUAUUUGCAUUCAGGGAUGAUACGAAAUCCAAAGAGGCUGAUGAGUUUGUUCGCAAAAAUGGAUUUACACUACCUCUGCAAAUAUUUCAAAUUAUGUCAUUCCUUAUAUUUCUAGUAAUUGUAGCAUUAAUUAUUUGCUUAUCGGCAUUAAACACAAGUAGUAUAUUUAUUAUUUUUUACACAUUCUUUGGAAUCUUAAUAAGUGCCAUCCUGGCACUAUCAUACAUAGUUACUACGAUAAACCCAGUUGAUCCUUUAUCAUUUAAGUAUACUAAUGGAAAAAUCAAUGAGGAAGACAUUAAAAAUCUUUAUGAAUGUGAUAUAUGCGGAUUUGUAGAACCUCAAAGUAAGCACUGUAAGGUUUGCAACAAGUGUGUUUCUGUUUUCGACCAUCACUGCAUGUGGGUGAACAAUUGCAUCGGGAAGAAGAAUUACAAAUAUUUCGUAGGUCUCCUAUCCGCACUAACUAUUUUCAACUGUGUUGUAUUUCUUUUCUGUAUCGUUUUUUUUGUCAUCUCGAUUAAACAUGACUUGAUAAAGGACAGAUGGAAAAAUUUUUACGGGUCCUACAAUGAAGUUCUAUUCUACUUCAUCCUCUGUUCCCUUUUCAUUUUAAAUGGAAUAGUGUUCGUCCUCGUGAUACAACUUUUCGGUCUGCAUAUUUUUCUCAUCUCGAAAAAAAUGACAACUUAUGAGUAUAUCGUUAACCGAUCGCAUUCCGAAGAAGAAAAAACAGGAAUCCGAACCUUCUUCGAAUGGAUGAUUAUAGACAAGAAACGUUUGAGUAAAUCACAGGGAGAAAAUCAGGAUAUCGAAAUCCAAGAUAUUGAAAGAGUCAUGUCUAUAAAAAAUUAG